AGGAUAUGUAUCGCCUUCCUCUAGAAAAGAUAUCAAUGGCUUCCAUUCCUGCUCAGGUUAUCAGCUAUGAUGAUGCUUGGAAAAUCUUAAUUGACAUGGGAGGGCUUGCUGCUCCUGAAAGCUGGAAAGGUAGUUUGGUGAAUGUCUCCUAUAACAUUGGGCCUGGUUUUGAUGAAGCAUCAGGUGCUAGUAUGGUGAAAGUUCAGACCUUUAAUGAACUACAGGAAAGAGAAAUCCAGAAUGUUAUUGCUACCAUACCUGGUAAAACUGAACCUGAUCGAUAUGUUAUUAUUGGGAGUCACCAUGAUUCAUGGAGUUAUGGCAGUAGUGAUCCAGGAAUAGGUACUGCUGUAUUAAUGGAACUGGCAAGAUCAUUUGGACUUAUGAGGAAACAAGGUUGGCAACCUGAGAGGACAAUGGUGUUAGCUAGCUGGGAUGCUGAAGAAUUUGGAAUUGUUGGGUCAGAAGAAUGGACACAGGCUCAUGAUAAGGAGCUUUAUAGCAGAGCUGUAGCUUACAUCAAUAUUGAUGCUGCUGUUACAGGAAACCAUUCCCUGGUAGCACUGGGUAGUCCACUACUUCGUCAAGCAUUAGUAGAAGCCACUUCUCUUGUUCCAUGUCAUGACCCAACUCAUCCUGAUAUGUCAGCCUACGAGAUGUGGAAACUUCGCCAGCCACAAGACAAGAACAGACCCCAAUCUGAGCCUGAAAUUAAAAUAGCUGGAUCAGGCAGUGACUUUGUGAGUUUCUUUGCUGGAAGAGGAAUAUCAUCUGUUCAUCUCCAGUUUGUCGGAGAGAAUAUGAUUACAGACUACCCACUCUAUCAUACUGAAUAUGACGUUUUUGAUGCCAUGGCCAACUACACUGAUCACAAUUUUGAGUCAGCUAAAACUAUAGCUCGAAUAGUAGGAACUUUGGCCUUGAAGCUGACUGACUCACUGGAGCUUCCCUUAAGAGCUAACCAUUAUGCAGAACACAUUGAACGACACUUAAAGCCUUUUCUCGCUCAUUAUAAAAAUGUUUUAAAUGACUUCAAGAUUGAUGUAGGUCCUUUGGAAAAGGCUUUUGACAGUUUCUCCCAGAGUUGUAUGAGUUUUCAUAAUAACUUUGAUACAGUAGAUAAUGACAAUCUCUUGUUAGCCAUGCGAGAAUAUAAUGACAGACUUUUGCAACUUGAACGUGCUUUUCUUCUGCCAUACGGUGUUGCUGUCAGUCCCUAUUACAGGCAUGUACUGUAUGGACCCGACCCAUAUAACAACUAUCAAGGGAUUAUUUUUCCACACCUUGUAACUUCCUUGAAAAUAGCUCAAGAAAACAGUAAUGCUGAUAACUGGGAUGCUGUCAGAGAACAUUUGUCUUAUGUCAUCUAUGCCUUCAAAUCAGCAGAGCAGGUCCUUCAGAGUAGUUUGUUGAAAAAACCCAAUGAUGAACUCUGAGUGAAGAGAACACAGUCUUGAGCAUAAAAAAAAAGUACUUCUGAGUACUGAUAGGGAUUAGAAAAUUGUAGAGCAGUGGCAGAAAACAUGCAGAAUCAAAUAAAUAUGAAAGAAAUCCAUUUAAUUAUAUUAAUACUUGUUUAUGAAAGUUUUAGAGUAAUAAGAUAAGGCAUUUCGUCUUCAUUGAUGUACAGCAAAAUAUGCUUAAAGUUAAUAUUUGGAAAUUAACUAAUUUUUAGUAUAGUAUAUUGUUUAUCUAUGUUUAGUAUGUUAUAUAGAUGUGAAACUUUGUCAGAGGCAGACCUUAGAAAUCCACUUGGAUUUUAAAAAUAUGAUUACAUGGACUAUAUGUGUAUAUUUUUUUUAGACUAAUAAUAUUUUUUCUGUGUUGUGACCAUUUGCUCAUGAAUGAAUAUAGUCCCCGUCCAUGUCUUAAAGUUCCGUAAUGUGUAUUGGAUGAAAUUAUUAGAAAUACACGUAUGUUCAAAAUACACAUGUUGGAAUGAUAUGCUUUUUCAAAUUCUAACUCAUUGAGACUGAUGAGAUAUUAAAUAUAUUUUUAUGACAUUUAUAUUUACAAAAUUAAAAUAUUUUGUUUGUUUAUUUAUGUUUUAUACACACCAGCUUGUGACUUAAACCAUUUGUUAAAUCAUAAACGAAGAUCUGUAUUAUUUAUGAAAGAUGAGCAGCAUUAGUUUAAUUUAUUUUCAUCUGGAAUUGUGAUGUUGUUAUUUAUAUUAAACCUUUGAAAUAAUUUAGUUCACUUUUAGUUGAGUUUAGAAAUAGUAGUUAUACAGAAUUCAAUAAGGAUUUUGGUAUAUGAUUUAUUUUCAAAAUAAAUCAACUGAUUAAUAUUUUAUAAAAGAUUCACCAUUUUAAGCUAUUUUAUAGUUUUCAAAACUACAAUAAAUUCCCAGGUAUGUGGGGAAGAGACAUUUUACUGACAUCAGGUCAAGGCUAUAGCAUAUCUGAGCUGUUCAUUAACACUGAGUAGUAUCAGUGUCAGUUGGUUUAGGACAGAGCCUCAAGGAUCUAUAGUAAAAUAUAUGAAUACAAGCAGUGACUGUUCAUGUGAAGCAAAAAGUGUUUACAAUUAUAUUCUGAAAGUGUGAUGUUAAAUAUUUAUUAGGAAAAUAAAAAUUUGUUUGCUUGUAAUUUGAAGAGAAUAACAUAAUUUCCUUGAUAAUUUUUAGUUUUAUCAUUUGUAUAUGAGAAAUACUUUUAUGAAGAAAAGAGAGAGAGUUUUUACAUUGCCACACUGAUUGUGUAAUUAAAAGAUAACUGAUAAGCUUGUGAAUAGAACAGAAACCCAAAACUAAAAGCCAAAUAAAGACUGAAAAACAAAUAAUGAAAAAAUAGUUAUGGAAUUUUAUCUUUCAUUAGUGAAUAUUACGAAGAAGGCUGUUAGCUAACAAGUCUGGUUCUUUGACUCUUCCCCCCCCCUUUUUUUCAUUUCCUUAGUUUUAAUAAAGCAUUUUUUUAUUCACCCACUAUGAACUAGUCUGUUGAAUGCUUUUUUUUAUUGACCAGUGCUCAGCUCUAAACAGCUGAUACUAUAAUUACCUUUUUGUAGUUUUACAUGAUUUUAUUUUAAAGUAUCAAAGUUUUUCUGUUGUUAGACCAUUGAAUAGUACUUGUUUAAAUGUAAUGUUUUUAAUUCACUUAAUUUUAUUGUUUUCGUUGUGGAUUAUUAAACCUCUGCAUUUUAAAAGUGAUCUGUUAAAGUCUAUCUAGUGUAAAAGAAUGUGCAUCAAAUCUAAAACUGUUAGUUUCUCUUUAGUUGUACAUUAUCUAGGAUUGUAUGAAGUCUUCUUUGAUAAUUGCCCAACCCUCCACCCAUAACGUAUCAUACAUCAAAUAGUGAUUUCUUGUCAGGAAAGUUUUACCUAAACUAGUGGCCUGCUGGCCCCAUCUGACCUAUGAGGCCAUUCUGCCUAGACUGCUAACCACCAAUCAAAAAUAAAAAAAUGAAGUUAAAAAUAAAGCUUAUUUGUAGUAUCUUGGACUUUGAGGCUUAGUUAUAUAGUAUUUGUUAGCUAUUACUUUAGUACCUAAUACAUGUAAAUUUUAAUGAAAACAUGAUAGUUUUUUUUUCAUCAAUAGUCAGUGUAUAGCCCCCAAGACCACACUUGAAAUAUUUGUGACCUGGUACUACAUAAAGUUUGACAACCCUGGUGUACACCAUUAAAGUACUACUACACUAUAGAUAGUCUAAAGCUGAUGUUUUUUGGUUCAUGUUUAACGUAAAAAGUUUAAGGUAUGAGAUCUUUUUUGUAUGUGUGUGUGUGUUUGUUUUACUAUCUUUUGCUUUUAGCUGCCCUAUCAAAGUUUACUCAGGUAUAAUUUUAAUGUACUGAGACAGUUUUGUGUCACGUUUUUUUUAGUACAACCACAUCAGCACUGUUUUGUUAUCACUUAUUAGACUUCCUUUUUAGUUUUUAAGCAAUUAAUUAUUCUUCCUUAGUUGUUUGGAAAAAUUCACUUUUUUCACUAUUAACCAUUUUUACUUCCAGUUAAUAUGAGUAUAUUAUUUAUUCAUUUUAAGAUAUUUAAUGGCUAAGUAUAAAAAUCAUUUUUAUAUCUUUAUAGAGGGGUCAUUUGCUUUUGUUCCAAGUUAUACCUUCACAUACUUAUUUCUUAUGAAUAUUAUUGUCUAAUCUUAAAAAGUGGACCAGUUUUUUCUUAGUAAUAGUGACAUCUCAUUAUUUUCAUUUUAUUCAUGAUUAUUUUCAAUAUUUAAUAAUGUAACAGUCAUUGUAGGUCAUAGUGAUAUUUUAAAUGGUUGAUUAUGAAAGUUGGAGCUUAAGAAUUUAUUAUUCAUCCAUGUUUAAGGUAAGAACUUAGUAGCUGUUUCUUAAUGAAGAUAGUUUGCAGACUUGAAAAAUCAAACUAUGUACUCACAAUCUCAAGUUAGUUGGAGAUUCACUGUUCAAUUAAGAUAUUUGUUGAAAUGAAAUUAUGAGGACCAGGUUAAAAUAUUUAUUGAUUGUGAGGUUUUGGCAGAUGUACACUAAACCAAAAUUAUGAUUCCUGUACAAAAAGUACAAAGAAAUAUUCUAAAGUGAUGAAACUUUUCAGCAAUCUAAUUUUAACCAUCCAUGAACUCAAGUUAUCAGUCUUCAAUCAACCAAUAUACUUUGAGAUAUGGACCAUUUAUCCAAAUUCUUGAUAUGAUUUUCAGUGUCUUAUUUUAGCUAAAAUAAUUUCAACCAUUAAGAAGUGAACCAUUUACCCAAUUCUUUGAAGUCUUCAGUGGUUGUUUGUUGCAUGAAUCAAUUUUCAGACCUUACAUAAUAUAAUAUACUAUAUUCAGAAAUGAUAUCCUUACUUCUCUGCACAUAGCUAUUCCUCAUGAAUCUGCAUUUGAGAUUUUAUGCAUGCCACUGACCUUGAGCUAUCUCUCAUCUAAGAUGUGUGUUUUAACAUGAAUUGCCUUAGUGUGCAAUGUAUUCAUCAUGUGAUAAUAGUACUCCACCAAUAGGAGGGUGACGCAUCCUCCAUGUAUAGUAGAUCCCCAUAAGUGCCUGCACUCGAAAUUAACUUCAUUCUUUUUCUCAACACUUAUGAACAGAUGUGUUUAUUGAAGUUUAAAUUUUGUUCAGUGUAGUGAGAUUUACACUGCCUACAUUUCAGUGUUAACUUUCUGUCAUUGUAUUUGAUUUCAACCUACAUUGCCUUUCAUUUACUGCAUACAAAAAAAAAAUCUGGAGAAUUCCUUUAAUAGAAAUGAAUUCUCAAGUGAUGGUAACUACUACCUUCUCUCAAGGUUCUGGUGAUGUUGCUAACACUAACGCUACUUACUGUGGCCACUGUAGGCUACUUGACUGUGAAGGAUGUUACUGCCAUUGUUCAAUGCAUCAUGGGUUCAUUAAUGCAUUCAUUGCCUCAUCUUCCUGUCCCUACGUCGGAAGUUCAUCUUCCUUACUGAACCUGACAGGUUUGCACUAGGCUCUUCUUUACCUGUAGAGGACAUUGUCCAUCCUCCAAAUUUUUUUAUGGAUUUGACUUCUCAGGUUUGUUCUUUAUUUUCCCUUUCACCCAUGUCUUUUGAUUCUUCUUGUUCCUUACUAAGUGGCUCUUAUGCUGAGAAUUAUUUGAAUUUUUCUGCAGACAUAUGGGUACAUGCUGACAUGUUUCUCGAUCAGCUUUGUUUACAUUUUCAAAUGUCUCAUCCUCCUUGACUCCAGGAUUUCAUUACCAUAACUCGUGGUAGUUCCCCUUUUCCAUUCUGAUAUUACUAAUCUCUUGAGUUCCUUUUACCAACUUGGGGGGGCUAAUCUAUUGUCUCCAAUAAUUCUCUAGUGAUCAAUUUUCCCAUCUUCACCUUUUUUUUACCCAUCUCGUUUGUUACCUAUCCUCUCUUCUCUGAAAUCCUACACUGUGAUUUUGAUAAGUUUUCUGGAGACCUACAGUUGGUAAUUUUCAAUACCUUAACCAGAGUUUCAUCUUUUGCUUUGUCCCUGCUUAUUUAGUUUCUCUGUUGGGAUCUUCUGGGGCAUGAUGCUAUUCUCUCUGUGCCCUCUGUCUAGCUCCUAUCCUUUGAUCUAAAAUAGAAUCUUUAGCAGUUUUUUUAACACCUUGGAGACUCAGACUGAGGCUGCCUAACACCAGUCCUCCCUUUCUUCCAUGGUUUCUCAUCUUUCCCAACCUUGUGAAUCCACACACAUUCCUUGAACCUGUGAACCCUCCACCUCUUUUUCUUUUUCCAACUCUUGACCCUCUACUUCUUGCUGUCCCCUUUCCUGUCAAGUUUCCAUCACAUAUCCCAUUAAUGACUUACCUCCCUUUAUACCCAGGUGGCUCAGGCCCCAAGGUGGCACAUCUGUUUCUGCUUGAAGAUCUCUAGACCCCAUUUGCAGCCACACAGUGAAUCAUUCCAGUUCUUACACAGGGGCUUUUCUCUACACUUCUUAUUUCUUCCUCUUGUCUCAUUUUCCCAUUCCUUUUCUUCCCCCUUCCAGUCCUCAGUAUAUUCUGUGUCUCAAGGCUGUGGUAUCAGACCUUUUGAAUAAGAGAGCCAUGGAAAGAAUCCAUUGUCCCUUUCCAGGAUUCUACUCUUGUCUUUUUGUUGUUCCCUAAAAGACCAGGGACUGGCAUCCCUUUCUCCUCCCAACCACAAUCUAGUGGUAGCUCAGUUCAAGAUGGAGGAGUUUCUUCCUCUCCAUUGGCCUUUUACCCCCAGACUGUGGAUGAACAAUGUCAACAUCACUGAUGGCUUUAUACAUAUAUUGCAAUUACCCAGUCAUCCCGACAUUUUUCUUUAUUAUUCCCUGGGAUCAGGUGUACCAGUUUCAAGCUUUCCUCUUCAGCAGUGCUUUGGCUCUGUAGGUAUUCAACCAAGUCAUGGGAGCAUUUGAUCUCACAUCCACAGUCUUAGAAUUUAUUUUCAUUACUAUGUAGUCAAUUGGCUUCUCCUCAGCUCACCUCUUCUAAGAAGGCUUCUUUCUCAACCAAGUCACUUUUCUUACAAGAAGCUGCUUAUCUUGGUUGGUUGGUCGGAUCUUCCAAUUUGUUCCUCACUCUGACCUAAUACUUGGUCCACCUUGGAGGCUUUUUCAAUUCUUGACUCAGCCUUUCCCUGUUCAUCUGUGAGACAUGAAGCAUCUAGUAGCCUCAACUCUUUCCUUUCCUAUACUUCCUGUGCAAGAAGUUCUAUCUCUUUUGGGGACUCUUGAGUCUCUCAAACAUCUUGUUCCUUUACACCCCACUCACAUGAGACUUCUUCAAUGGACUUUGAGUGACCAAUGAAAUAUCUCCUACCAUCCACUGCCCUCACUUGUGAUGCUGCCGCCUUCUCUUCUUGAGGAUCUGUCUUGUAGACUGGAUCAUACCAACAUAAUGGUUGGCAUUCCACUGCUGCCUCCAUCUUUGUGAUGCAUCUCUUAUGGGUUGGGCACACCUUUCUCUUGUUUGACUGAGGAUUGUUGAUUUCUGCCUUAGUAUGCUAUCAAAUGACCUUGUUGAAAGCCUUUUAAUUUUUUUGCUAUGAUUCCAUAUUUUCCUCCCCUGUUCUUUCCAUCUUGUUCUGAUCCUUCCUUAUUUAUUGUCCUCCUCAUCUGAUUCCUUUGCCUGACUGUAAUUUUAAUGUGGUUUUAAACACUUUUACCCAAGCCCCAUUUGAACCAUUGGUCACUUGCUCACAUGUCGCAUGCAAUGAGCUUUCCCUUUCAGUAGCCUUCUCUGAAGAGAACUCACUUAGUUUUUGCAAUUAUUGUGGAAUUCUAUCUACUGUGUUCGGAGAGGUAAGAAUAUUGUUUUGGAAGUUAACAUUUGCCUUACCUGAAAACAUAUUUCUGAUAGAUACUUACCUCUCUUCGUGCACCAACAUUCCUUCCUGCUAUCAGUGCAUGAUAUUCUUGCCUUGUCUAUUAAUGAAGUUAAUUUUGAAUGCAAAUGCUUAUGGGGGUUUACUAUGCAUGGAUGAUAUGUUACCCAGCUAUUGGUGGAAAACUAUUGUUUGUCACAUGAUGAUUAUAUUACACACUGGUGCAGUUCAUGCUAAAACACAUAUCUUAGAUGGGAGAUAGUUCAAGACUAGUGGCAUACACAAAAUCUUAAAGGCAAAUGCAGGAGGAAUAGGUGCUGUGUGAAGAGAGCUAAGUUUCUAUCAGAAAUACAUUUUCAGGCACAGAAAAUGUUAACUUUAAUCAGAGCAGGAUCUUCAGUGUUUUAUUGUUAGUUUGAAAUUAAGUACCAUUCAUGAUGAAAUACUUAGUUGUUGAUUAUUAUAGUUAAAAUUCAUUACUUAGGAAUAUUUAAUUCACCCAAGGUCUGAGAAAAUAUUCAGUUGUUUUGUUGUGUAGUUAGCUGUUAGAAUAUCAAGGAUUGUACCAUUUACUCACAGUUCUAGUUGUAUUCUGUGCUAAUUAUUUGUUAAACAAGGUAACAGAGGAACAUUAAGUUGACUAGUUAUUCCAAGACUUGGUUAUGUCCUUACGAGCUUAUUUAUUAAUCCAGGUUAUCUUGUUAUCUAAGACCAUUUAUGAGACAUAUAAAACUUAAUAUUAAUCCUAGAUCAUGUUGAAAUGUUCAGUGGUUGAUUUCAGGAUGUAAAAUUGAUAUUUCACUUCACUGUUUAAAACUACAAUUGUGGACAUUUUUAUGUCUAUUUGCUUAUGUGACUUAUGCUUUAUUAUGAAAUGCUGUAUUUAUAGCAGCUGUGUAAUCAGAACUUCAUUAAGUAGAUCACCUAAACCAUUGUAAACUAUCUGUACUGUGAAAUUAUCAUUAGAGUACAACUCUGUAUAUGAUACAGUACAAAUGGCUAGCGAGUUUAUUAACAGUUGUUGCAAAGACACUCUAUUAACAUAGAAUUUGUCAAGUUUUGAGUGAAUUUUGCUGUUUUAGAUAAUGGUAAUGUGCAAUUGCUCAUUAUUGUUCUAGCUUGAAAUAUGAUGGUGUAAUGGAAUGCUUAAUGUCAACAUCUGAGACUUUACAUUUCCUGACCUGAUAAAAAUCAUGUUUAUCAACCAUUGUUAUUCACUAGUUUAAGUUCAUUAUAUCAUAUCAUAGUUGUAACUAAGUAAUUAAGGUUAUUUAAUAUUGUAACACUUAAUGGUUUAAAAACAUGGGUAUUUUUCUUUCUUUUUUUUUCAGUGAAUUUGAUUUUACAGUGUGCUGAAGAAAAGUUCAAUAUAGCUGUGAUUUUUACUGUCACUUGUAGGUUUGUUAAAUUUUUGUUUAGAUCUAAGCAAGAAAUAUUUGUUUUUUUCCUCAAUGUAGAUAAGCAACAUUUUGUUUGGAAUAAACGUUGGUACAAGUAUAA